CCACCUUCCGGCCUGGGCCGCCGCUGCUGCGGAAAGCUGAGCUCUGGCUCUCUGAGUCGAUUGUGACCAUGGCUGCUGAAUCUGAUGUUCUGCACUUCCAGUUUGAACAGCAAGGAGAUGUAGUCUUGCAGAAAAUGAAUCUCUUGAGACAGCAGAAUUUAUUUUGUGAUGUGUCCAUUUAUAUCAAUGACACCGAGUUCCAGGGCCACAAGGUGAUUUUAGCUGCUUGCUCCACUUUCAUGAGAGAUCAGUUUUUACUCACGCAGUCAAAACAUGUCAGAAUCACCAUCCUGCAGAGUGCAGAAGUUGGCAGAAAACUGUUGCUCUCAUGCUAUACUGGAGCACUUGAAGUUAAAAGGAAAGAGCUUUUGAAAUAUUUGACUGCUGCUAGUUACCUGCAGAUGGUUCACAUUGUGGAAAAGUGCACAGAAGCUUUGUCAAAGUAUCUGGAAAUUGAUCUUUCUAUGAAAAAUAAUCAACAUACUGACCUGUGUCAAUCCUCUGAUCUGGAUGUUAAGAAUGAAGAAGAAAACUCAGAUAAAGACUGUGAGAUUAUAGAAAUUUCAGAAGAUAGUCCUAUAAACAUAGAUUUUCACGUAAAAGAAGAGGAAAGCAAUGUUUUGCAGUCUACAGUAGAGUUGACAUCAGAGAGAAAGGAAGUGAAGUCACCAGAGCUAUCUUCAGUAGACAUUGGUUUUAAAGAUAAUGAAAUUUGUAUCCUCCACGUGGAAUCUAUUAGUACUGCCGGUGUAGAAAAUGGGCAGUUUUCACAGCCUUGUACCUCUUCAAAAGCAAGCUUGUAUUUCUCUGAAACACAGCAUUCACUGAUCAAUUCUACGGUUGAGAGCAGAGUGGCAGUUCCUGGGAAUCAAGAUCAGAGCUUAUUUUGUGAGAAUACUGAAGGAAAUCAUGGUACAGUGAGUGAGAUUCAGAAUCUGGAGGAUGCUUAUUCACUGAGGCACCAGUGCCCCAGGUGUCCUCGAGGAUUUCUUCACGUUGAAAACUAUCUGCGCCACCUGAAGAUGCACAAGCUCUUCUUGUGCCUACAGUGCGGGAAAACAUUUACGCAGAAGAAAAAUCUCAACCGGCAUAUUCGAGGACACAUGGGCAUACGGCCCUUUCAGUGUACUGUGUGCUUGAAGACAUUUACUGCUAAAAGCACACUUCAGGACCACUUGAAUAUACACAGUGGAGAUCGCCCAUACAAAUGUCACUGUUGUGACAUGGAUUUCAAGCACAAAUCUGCCCUCAAAAAGCACUUAACCUCUGUGCAUGGCAGAAGCAGUAGUGAAAAACUACCCAGGCAUGAUCUCAAAAGGCAAAAUCUGCUGUAAUUAGAACCACACCUUGCUAUAUAAGCCUUAUAUCAUAGUUAGGCGAGUUUUUCUCCAGAAAUGCAGCAUAUGUUAUAUUGCAUCCCCUGUGUCCCCCCAAUCUUUGGGUCUUAAUUUUGGUCUGCCUACACAUGUUACUCUUUCUGAACUUCUACUAGCAGUUCCAACGUGUGGGAGACACAAUAAAGCUAAUGGGAUGCUGUCUUAUCUCGUACAGUAUAUGUAAGUCCCAGUGGUAUAUCUAGAGAAAUAAUGUUUCGCUCUUAAAUAUUCCUGAUUCUUGUGACAGAGAAUCCAGCAGUAUUUCUAAAUUCUGAUUUUGACUCUCUAGAUAAAUGAUGUACAUGUAAAAUCCCAACCACAUAAUAAUUUUAAUCAAUUAGGUUAAUAGGAAGAGAAAAUAGACUUCAAAACAUGCUGUAAUCCAUUAUUAAUUCUUUGUAGGACUAGUGAAAAAAAACUUUUAAACAAACUGGUUGGAUUCUGAAGCAAAGCACCAAGGUACUUGUUUUAAACUGUAAGGGAACACACUUCAGAUUCACUUGGGAGUAGUAGAAUUUCCUUGGACAUGGUCUAAAAUUCCUUAAAAUAAUGUUUCCAUGAUUU